AGUGUGUGGAUCGCUGAGACUCAGAGGGUCCGGCUCAGUUUUAAUUCUCCUCUAAUCUCUGCAACAGCGGCGCUUCCCAGGUCCCGCGGCUCCUGCUCCCGCUCAGCCGCCGUCACUGACAGGUGAGCAUCUGAGCAGCCUCCGCCCCAUCACCCACCAUGGGCAACCUCCAAGAAAAAGUGGCUCCGGACGCGCUUGCCUGAGAAUUCCGCACAAAAGAGGAGCCCAAAAUGAAGACCCUGAUGCGCCAUGGUCUGGCAGUGUGUUUAGUGCUCACUACCAUGUGCACCAGCUUGUUGCUCGUGUACAGCAGCCUCGGCAGCCAGAAGGAGCGGCCCCCGCAGCAGCAGCAGGCGACCGCGACUGGCAGCACGCAGCUUGUGGAGAGCAGUCCCCAGCCACGUAGAACCGCCCCCGCAGGACCCCGGCAGCUAGACGGAUACCUCGGUGUAGCAGACCACAAGCCCUUGAAAAUGCAUUGCAAGGAUUGCGCCCUGGUGACCAGCUCGGGGCAUCUGCUGCGGAGUCAACAGGGCCCCCACAUCGACCAGACAGAGUGUGUUAUCCGCAUGAAUGAUGCCCCCACCCGAGGCUAUGGGCUUGACGUGGGCAACCGCACGAGCCUGCGGGUCAUCGCACAUUCCAGCAUCCAGAGGAUCCUCCGAAACCGCCAUGACCUGCUCAACGUGAGCCAGGGCACUGUGUUCAUCUUCUGGGGCCCCAGCAGCUACAUGCGUCGGGAUGGCAAGGGCCAGGUGUACAACAACCUACAGCUCCUCAGCCAAGUGCUGCCUCGGCUGAAGGCCUUCAUGAUCACACGCCACAAGAUGCUUCAGUUUGACGAACUCUUCAAGCAGGAGACUGGCAAAGACAGGAAGGUCUCCAACACUUGGCUGAGCACUGGCUGGUUCACCAUGACAAUUGCUCUGGAGCUCUGUGACAGGAUCGAUGUUUACGGCAUGGUGCCCCCAGACUUCUGCAGGGACCCGAAGCAUCCGUCCGUACCUUAUCAUUACUACGAGCCUUCUGGACCCGAUGAAUGUACAAUGUACCUCUCUCACGAGCGAGGACGCAAGGGCAGUCACCACCGUUUCAUUACAGAGAAACGGGUGUUUAAGAACUGGGCGCGGACAUUCAACAUUCACUUUUUCCAACCAGACUGGAAACCAGACUCCCCCGCUGUGAAUCAUGCUGAGGAUAAGCCUGUGUUCUGAGGUGUGAACGUGCUGGAUAGGAGGGCGCAGUGUCCACACGGCCUGACACGAGAGGAAGGACUUAAACUCUAGGCAGGGAAAUGGGAACUGAAUGGGUGGCGUCCUUCAGCACCAUGGACAGAACCCACUGGCCGCAGAACAUUCCAGAAUGCCUGCAUUCUAACGAGACUUGUCUCUUGGAAAGAGCAACUGUAUCCUUGAUUCAGUGACACUGCCACAGCUAGGAACACUCCAGGUCUCUGGAAGUAUUGCCUUCAAAACUGAAACAGGAGCAGCCUGACACUUUUAGUUGUGUUUCUUUUACAGACACCCACGUCAAAGGAUUUCCUACCAGGCUGCAACCUAACCUGACCUAUAAUCUUUUGUCAUUUGUCAGACUUUGUGAUUUGUAAAAGGCCUAGAAGUCUGGACAAUGUUUCUGAAGAGCACAUCUCCAAUGAUUUUCAUAAAGCAAAUGUCUGCUAUUUAUUUAUUGAGAGUUUUUUAGUGUACUCUAGGCAGUAUUUUUAUAGAUUAUGAUUACGUGGCAAUUUACUCUUCCUGACUUUUUAAUCCUGGAUGGUGGUCAGAAUGGGCUAGGAUUGGGCUGGUGAGUUACUGAAUUCACAAUGCCCGUUAUUAGCUUGAAAUCGGCAUUUGACGUGGAAACAUGCAGCAUUGUUGGAACCUCGCAGCUUCAGGCAAUUUGCUGCUUCAUGACAGGAUCAGCUAUAACACUUUCUAAUGUACAUAAAUGUCCAAAAGAACAAAAUUGAAAGCCAAAAACUGUGUUGUCAAAACAAAAUGACGCUAAUGA